GUAGCAGCAGCAGCAUAUAUAUGUAUAUAGUGCUUUUUCCUGGAUCAAUUAUGGCAACUCUUUCUUUACACUUGAUCAUCUUCAUCUUCAUCUUCAUCCUCAUAGUUGGCCUGCAGGUUGAAGCUCGAGUUCUAAGGCUAAUUUCAUCCGAUGAUCAUCAUUUGGUAUUAUCUGAUGGAGUUGAUAAUGUGAAGAACCAGUCUGCAGCAUAUCUGAGUCUGAGUGUGAGUGUCCCACCUUCACCCAAAUGUGUUCACGUGUAUGGCUUCUUCCCAUGUGCAGAAAACAUUGGAGGCUACAUUUUCUUGAUAGCUGUGUACCAGUUGCUGCUGGUUUUAGGAGAGAAGCUGGUGACAGAGGGAAGCAAUACAAUCUUCAACAUCCUUGGCACUGGCAUUUUUGGUGCCAGUGUUUUCAACAUCCUCAAAACCUUGCCAAGAAUUGUCAUGGUCAUUGCAUCUGGGGUGUUCACCAGCAAAACGAAAGCGCAGGAGCAGGUCUCGUCUGGACUUAGCACUAGCGUUGGAGCGACGGUCUUCAAUCUCACAUUGAUGUGGGGAAUAUGUGUAAUUGCUGGCAAGACAACUAUGUCUAAACAACCAUCUUCUUCUGCUUCACAAAAUGCAGAGCCUUCAUCUCUGAAAUGUCUGCACAUCUUAAGGGAUACUGGUAUUACAAUAGACAAGAAGACUACUUACACUGCUGGAAUCAUGCUUCUGUCUACUAUUCCAUUUAUUCUGGUGCAGCUAGUAAGUAGCUUCAGCUCGCUGUUCGAAAGGCAAAUCAUGGUCUCCAUUGCGCUCGUGGUAUCAAUCGUUUUGUUGCUGUCGUACUUUGUGUAUCAGGCUAUGAAUCCAUGGAUUCAGGAGAGAAGUUUGGAGUAUUCAAAGUAUGAAAACUUGUUGGCUGGGUUCCUGAAUCAUGUGCAGAGGCACGCAGGAGGGAAGCUGAUCAAUGAGGAAGGCCAACCCGACGUUCAUCUCAUCAAAAGAUUGUUCUCUGAAACAGAUAAAGAUGCCAGCAAGUCGCUUACACUUACUGAACUCGAGAAUUUGGUGCAUAGUAUGCAGUGUGGAGUGGUUGAGGUGGAUAGAAGCUAUGCUCUUUCCAAAAUAUUGGCAUCAUUUGAUGAAAACAAGGAUGAAGAAAUCGACGAGGCAGAGUUCAUUCAAGGUUGCGUGAAAUGGAUAGAGGAAGCCAAGUUGUUAGCAAACACAACCACCACAAGGCAUUUGCGCCAGGUGGUGGAACAAGUGACAAAGAGGCAAAGAGAGGAAAUUGCACAGAUUGAGCAUCUGAUGGCAAGAAUCUUGAAACAUGUUCAAGGCCAUGCUCUUGAAGCUGAACAUCUGCUCAGAGAUGAUGGGAGCCCCAACAUCGAACGCAUUCAACAACUCUUCCGCGAAUAUGAUUGUGAUGGGAACAACUACAUCACCCGAGCCGAGCUGCAGAAGCUAAUCAUGACAGUAAAAUUCGGAGAAGUAGUGCAGCUGGACUGCGACGAUUCAGUGAAGAAAGUGAUGAGAGAGUUCGACAGAGAUGGAAACAACAUGAUUGAUCAGCACGAGUUCGUUCAUGGGAUCACUCGAUGGCUUGAUGAGGCGAUUCGUGUCUCCAAAUGCAGUGACAAGAGAAAGGCCAUUGAUGAAUUUGAUAAGAUGAAGUGGGGAGAAAUUGACAAAUUGGUGUAUGAAGUGGAGCCAAAUGAGCAGAUACACUACAAGAUACUAACAUGGGCAUUCAACAAAUCAGUGCUUCAAGUUGUGUUUGGUUUGGCUAUCCUGACCAUGUGUGCAAAGCCAUUGGGGAUUAGUAUCCAGCAGCUCUCCGACGCCAUGGGAAUUCCUUCGUUCCUCAUCCCCUUCGUGGUAGUCCCGCUCGCCCUCAACUCGAGAAUGGCAAUCUCGGCCAUCUUCCCUAUUAGUCAGAAGAGUUCCAAGACAGCUUCUUUGACAUUUUCUGAGAUAUACGGGGGAGUGGUGAUGAACAACCUGAUGGGGAUGACGACGUUGUUGGCAAUAGUGUUCGCAAAGGACUUGAGUUGGGACUACUCGGCUGAGGUGCUGACAGUGCUUGUGGUGUGUGCCAUUGUUGGUUUUCUGGCAUUGUUUCGGACAACUUACCCGCUAUGGACUUGCUUGCUCGCGUUCUUCCUGUACCCGUUUUCUGUGCUGCUCUUCUAUGUUCUUGAGUAUGUGUUAGGCUGGGACUAGUAUGAAUUGAAUGAAAUUUUGCAGUGAAGGUACUAAGUGUAUCCCAGCAAUAAGACUUGACUUGUUAGUUUUAAUGUUUCCUUGAAGAAGUGUUGAUGUAAAGAAGCUGGAUAGUCAUGCCUAGUGUAGUUCACUGUUUUAUGUAUAUACAUAUUGAUGGUUUUGUUGGGAUAAGAUCUACAUAAA